CAACCUCCAGUGGCAACAAAAACCAGCCGGUGUCUCAGACACGACAGCAGUGCUCAGAGAAGCCUCUGGAGCCGGUGGAGGAGCCAGCAUGGUGGAGUUUGCACCCCUGUUCGUGCCAUGGGAGCGCCGGCUGCAGACCUUCAUGGUCCUGCAGUGGGUCUUCUCCUUCCUGGCCCUGGCCCAGAUCUGUGUUGUCGUCUUCGUGGGCCUCCUGUUCACAAGAUUCUGGUUGUUCAGUGUCCUGUAUGCAACAUGGUGGUACCUGGACCGAGAAAAGCCACGGCAGGGGGGCAGGUCCUUCCAAGCAAUAAGGCGCUGCUUCUUGUGGAAGUACAUGAGGGACUAUUUCCCUGUCUCGCUGGUCAAGACCGCCGAGCUGGACCCCUCCCGGAACUACCUUGCCGGCUUCCACCCCCACGGGGUCCUGGCUGCUGGAGCCUUUGUCAACCUGUGCACCGAGAGCACAGGCUUCCCUUCGCUCUUCCCUGGCAUCCGCCCCCAUCUGAUGAUGCUGACCCUGUGGUUCCGGGUCCCCUUCUUCAGGGAUUACAUCAUGUCGGGGGGGCUGGUCACAUCAGACAAGGAGAGCGCUGCUCACAUUCUCAACAGGAAAGAAGGUGGCAAUCUGCUGGCCAUCAUCAUAGGGGGUGCCCAGGAGGCGCUGAAUGCCAGGCCCGGGGCCUACACGCUGUUGUUGCGGAACCGCAAGGGCUUCGUCAGACUCGCCCUGAUGCACGGGGCUGCUCUCGUGCCGAUCUUCUCCUUUGGGGAGAAUGAACUAUUUGACCAGGUCGAGAAUUCUCCCGGCUCCUGGUUGCGCCGCAUCCAGGACCGGCUGCAGAAGAUCAUGGGUAUCUCCCUCCCGCUCUUCCAUGGCCGUGGCGUCUUCCAGUACAGCUUUGGUCUUAUACCCUACCGCCAGCCCAUCACCACCGUGGUGGGAAAGCCCAUUGAGGUGCAGAAGACGCUGCAUCCCUCGCAGGAGGAGGUGGACAAGCUUCACCGGCGCUACAUCAAGGAGCUGUGUGACCUCUUCGAAGCCCACAAGCUCAAGUACAACGUCCCCGUGGACCAGCACUUGGAGUUCUGCUGAGGGCCUCCCCAGAGGCCAGGGCUGGUGUUAGGGAGCCCAGCUGGAGGUGCUGCGAUCUGAGAAGGCUUCCUGGAGGUGUCUGUUGAGCACACGGUCACAGCCUUCCCAAACUUCUGCAAAUCCAACCAUGCCAGGCCCCAAGUCUCAGCUGCCAGUUUGGGCGUCGCUGGUUUGCACUCCCGCUGCGAAGCCGCUGCGAGCCUCCCUCUCCUUGGCCUCCUCCUCUGUGAAUGGGAGAGGGGGCUGGAAGAGAGUGAUUUCUGAGGUCUCUAUCCCCGGUGAUAAUGUCACUCAAUAGGCAGAGAAAGAGAACGGCAACCAGGUCUUCCUUCCUCUACCUUGAGUAACAGCACAAAAGAAGCCCCAGGCUCCAGCCCCGCCUCCUACAGGGUCCCUCAUCCUGCACCCUACAUGUUCUGUCUCCUCCCUCCCUGAGCCAGAGAGGAGGAGGUGGCCUUGAGGCCUCCGCACUCAUGCCAGGCCCCUGUGAGUUUCUGGGUCCUCUGUACUGUAGACUGGCAGCCACAGGGGCCCGAAAGGUGGAUGAGGAGAAUGUGCUCUGUCACUGGCUAUAUGACAGUGGGCAGACCUCUUCACCCUCCCUCUGAGCCUCAGUUUCCCUGACUGACUGAGAGGAACCCUGAGUCUAAGCUCUGACAUUACAAAGGCAGAGAGCUCCAUGAGGCACCUCUUACUCAUUCACGGUCAUUUCAGCCCCUGACCUUGACACAGAAAGGUGGGAGGUCUCCAUAAAUGUCAGUUCAACAAAUCCUGUUGCAGCCUUCUUCUGUUCCUCCCCAUCCCCCAACAAAGAGGGCUGGUCAAAGCCUCUCUUCCCUGCCUGGCCCUGUGGCCCUAUCUCAUCUUCCCAGAAGGCGGAUCAGAUUGAGCCAGAUAAUGCCAUGUUGACUCUUCCUUCCUGAUCCGAUGGCCCCAAGCUUACCACCCCUGGGCCUGUUCUGUUGAGCAAGAAGGUGAGAGGCUAGGUUAAGACACAGGGCAGACCAACAUGGAGAAUAAAGACCAGACGCAAGGGG